UAACGCAGAAUGCGACACAGGAAGAUCCGCAUUACGGCACUAGUCAAGUAUUGCUAUAACAGACAAGCGGCUAAUGCUAAUGUUUGCUAACUAAUUAGCAGGAUAGGUAUUGUUGUUGCGGUCUGAGUGUGUGUUCCAGGCUGAACCAUGGAACAGUGCGCCUGUGUGGAGCGGGAGCUGGAGAAAGUGCUCCAUCGCUUUGUAAUGUACGGCCACCAGUCUGAGGAAAGGCUAGAUGAGCUACUGCGUAGUGUCUGUGAGAUACGAGCACAGCUAGUUGCUUUUGGAGUACAAGAUGCAGACUUGUCAGUCCUAUCUCAGACUAUGGCGCAGUGUUGUAAGAACAUCAAAGAAACAGUGCAGAUGCUAGCUUCGCGACAUAAGGACAUCCAUGGCAGUGUGUCAAAAGUGGGCAAAGCCAUUGACAGGAAUUUUGAUGCAGAAAUUAGUGCUGUGGUGGCAGAAACAGUGUGGGACACGCCAGAGAGACAGAAAUACCUGAGUGAGAGCAUUGUGGAGCACCUGUACAGGCAAGGAAUGCUCAGCGUAGCAGAGGAUCUUUGUCAGGAGUCUGGUGUUGUUAUAGAUAUGAGUAUGAAACAGCCUUUCUUGGAGCUGAACAGGAUUCUUGAAGCUCUGAGAAUGCAAGACCUCAGGCCGGCACUGGAGUGGGCCGUGACGAAUCGGCAGCGCCUUCUAGACUUGAACAGCAGUUUAGAAUUCAAGUUGCACCGCUUGUACUUCAUCAGCUUGCUCAGUGGAGGGAUCAGCAACCAGAUGGAGGCCCUACAGUAUGCCAGGCACUUCCAGCCCUUCGCUGCUCAGCACCAGAGAGAUAUCCAAAUCCUGAUGGGCAGUCUGGUGUACCUGCGUCACGGCAUUGAGCACUCUCCAUACCGCAGUCUGCUGGAGACAAAUCAGUGGGCUGAGAUCUGUAAUAUUUUCACCAGAGAUGCCUGCGCUUUACUGGGCCUCUCUGUAGAGUCUCCGCUAAGUGUUAGUUUUGCAUCAGGCUGUAUGGCCUUGCCGGUGCUGAUGAACAUCAAGCAGGUGAUAGAGCAGAGACAGUGCAGCGGAGUCUGGACACACAAAGAUGAACUUCCUAUUGAAAUUGACCUUGGGAAGAAGUGCUGGUACCACUCUGUGUUUGCCUGCCCGAUUCUUCGGCAGCAGACCUCAGAGAGCAACCCUCCCAUGAAGCUCAUCUGUGGCCACGUCAUCUCCAGAGAUGCCCUCAACAAACUGACCAAUGCUGGGAAGUUGAAAUGCCCGUACUGCCCCAUGGAGCAGAAUCCAUCACAUGCCAAGCAAAUCUACUUUUGAUACCACCCACUUUCCUCAUGAGUAAGAAUGAAAUUCCCUGGAGCUCUUUUCCUCUGUCCCUGGCCCUCCUGGCCUGCUAUUGUAAGCAUUAAGGUUUUAUCCCAGUGCUCCUCUGGACAGCCUUAGCCAUCCCGUAACCCACCUCGGACCCUCCAACUUUGUGUAGUAUACAGAGUCCAGCGGGGAUGGUACAUCUACAGCUGUAGUAGAGAGAUGAGCCUCAUGAAGAAGCACCUCUGAAAAUGAUCAUUCACUGAAAACUCAUUUGCAAAUGCCUGCAGAGUUAUAGGCUUAACUUUUUAAAAUAUGUAAUACUUCAUAGUGUUUGUUUUCUCUGCUUUGACUGAUUUGGAUGACUGCUUCAGUUUUUUUUUUUCCCUCUCUCUUUGAAUGAACAUAGGCAGGUGAGUGUGGGUAAAUGGUAUAAAUAGGGAGUUUCUGAUUUCUGGAUGGUAAUAAACUUUUGUUAUUAUAUGUGAGAAAAACCAGAGUAA